UCGCGGUGAGGUCAGCACCGUGAGUCAACCCCCGGGGAUGUGUGCAGUCACCGCUGCAGGUUUGCACCGUGCAGGCCCGCGCCGCCGCUGCGCGCACGGAACCCGAGCAACGUUCAUCCCGAGCUCGGGUAUUGCCAGUGAAUGAGAAGAACCACAGCCUUUUGUCAUCUUACUCCAGGUUAUUGACCUCUGGAGGGGUCACAAACAAGAGAAGUGGAUAUUCUCUGGGCUGACUUACUUAAUAUCUUCAGUGUAGUUUUUCAGUUUUUUUUUUAUUGCUGUGUAUACCUUUAUAAAAAGGUAUACUCAAGCAUUUAUACUUUGCUUAACUGUUGGAAUGACGUAGCCAAGGAACAUUCAUUGGGGUUUUACCCACUAGCUGCACCCCUUAAUUUUGGCCUACCCCCUUAAAUAUACACUUGGCUCACCCCUUUCAUACCCGCCAUGAGUGUACCAACCCAGCAGAAACCCAGCAACAAGAGAACAGGCAAACGCAUCACAUUCUUCAAUGAUCCAAGUGCACCAAUGAAAGAUACUUCUGAGCACCCGGAAGGAUCUUACUACGUCCAAGGCAGCGCUGCCUCAGACCACGGACAGAGCGAGGAUGCUGUGAGUACCGCGUCCUCUAAUGCGGAGGGCACUCAGAUGUACCUCAACUCUGUCAUCUUUAGCCCCGAAAAGGGUGACCAAACCAGGAGUCAUUAUCAGCACACUGUGCCUAUGAAGUGGACUCAGCAGGACUCCAGUCAACAGCAGCCAUCACUGUCUCAGCAGCAGCGAGCUGCCUCUUGGACCACCAUGAGCAACUGGGGGCAAAACUUUCCGAAUUAUAUUCGAGGAGUUAAUGAGACAGACUCAAGGACUCAAUUUGUUAAGCCAAUGCAUGACACGUCUGUCCUGCAGCCCCCAAACAGAGCUGGAGACAAGCAAUCGUUGGGAGUCAGCCUCGUGGUACAAGCUUACAGUGACGCAGUUAAGGCUCGGGGACUAGAGUGGGACCAGCAGCAACCGCCUCAGGCCUUUCAGGAGACCUUAAAGCCUGGAGCACUGAACACCCAGCAACACGGCACCUCCAACCCAGGAGGAAGCUCGGUCUUACAACCCUUUCAGUUGGCAUUUGGUCAACCCAGACAGCACCUGCCAGCCUAUUACCAGACCUUUCAUGGCAACAGGGCAACCCUACCUAACCUGAACUACUCGACACAGGCUAAACCCACGCACCAGUUGCAGCAGCUUCAGAAACGAGAGCAAAUCCACCAUCACCAUCAGAUAAUCCAUCAGCAAAUUCAGCAGCAGCAACAUCAGAUGCACCAACAACAAAUGGCUCAUCGGCUGCAGCAACAGCAGCAGCAAAUUCAACAUGAGCAGCAGCAGCAAAUGCAGCAUGAGCAGCAACACCAACAAAAGCUGCAGCAGCACCAAAUACAACAGCAGCAGCUACAAAUUCAGCAAAUGCAACAUCAGCAAUUGCAACAACAAAACCCUCAUGUGGUUAACUAUUUCCCCAGUGCCAAAAAUGCACACCCAAAUCCACAGCCUGUGGUCAUUCACGCCGAGGAGUCCUCUGCUCCACUUCCCCCAAAGAUCCAGGAACCAAUCAUCCAGGACAUUACUCCAGAACCCCAGCAGCCGUUGGACCCGUUGCAGCCCAGUGUCCAGUCUGAGCUCCUGCCGCUGCCCCACACACAGCCCGAUUCCCAACAGCCGCUUCGCAGAUCCCGGCGGCUUUCCAAGGAAGGUGGAGCGCCAUCGGAGAACACGGCUGUUAGCUCUUCAAACCAAGUAGCUCCGGGUCUACAGGGCUCCCAGAACGGAGUCCGUGACAUCCAGGCAGCACCAACCGGCGUCAUCCAGAGUACACGCGGGAAACGCAGGGUCUCCCAAGAGGUCAACCUGGAGACCCUUGCCCAGAAGGCUUCUGAAAUGGAGUCUCUACCAUCACAUGUCAUAAAGGAGCCCCACAGGCCGUGGAGCCCCACUGAAUCAGAGGGUGUGAGCGCCAACAGACCUCAAGACAACAGCUUUCUUCCUCUUGUUAUCCCCGUGUCUGUUCCAGUGCGGAGGAAAGAGCCGUCCUCCCCCAACCGGGAUGAAGCCGCCCUGGCCUCCGCCCGGCCUCCCAGAUCCUCAUAUCCAGAAGACCUUGGUUGUACUGACCACAAACCCUCAGUUAUUGUCACCCGGCGACACUCCCUCAGGAACUCCUUGACCGAAGGCUCUGAUCAAAAUGGCAGAACAGAAGGCGAGAAAGAUGACGACGGCAAGAAAUCCAAGCGGCGACCCCGGCCUGAGCCCCUCUUCAUUCCGUUGCCUAAACCUGGCUUGUUCGUCGCCCCGCCGGUGUACCCCAGCAUCACGCAGUACCAGAGCCACCUGCGCUCCCCCGUUCGCCUCGCAGACAAUCCUCUCACCGUGCCCCCCUACACUCCUCCACCCAUCCUCAGCCCUGUUCGAGAGGGCUCGGGCCUCUACUUCUCAACUUUCCCUCCGGCCGCAGCUGCUGCUGCCGCCGGCAGCCAGGGCCUGCCGCCACCCAUAACACCCAAGUCUGCCACACGCAGUCUGUUACGCUCCAAUAGCUGCGAUGUAACGCCACCAAUCCUGUCGGCUAUGAGCGAAGCCACUCCAGUCAGCAUAGAGCCACGGAUAAAUAUCGGGUCGCGUUACCAGGCGGAUGUGCCCGAGCUGAGGCCGCGGUCAGCCGUUGAACAGGAUCGGCACCAGGCUGAACUGGUCUGGGCUCCACUGAACGAACUGGAGGAGAAACCUGACUUCCAACAGAAAGUUGAAGGACUCAUGCACCUGGCCUGCUCCAGUGUGUUGUGUGGAGGUGGCACCAACCAGGAGUUAGCCCUACAUUGUCUGCAUGAGUGCAAAGGAGACAUAAUGGGGGCUCUGUCUCUGCUGAUGCUGAGAAAUCCAGUUUUCCCAAAAUCACAUCAUCUAUCCAACUAUCACUACUCAGGAUCAGACAGCUGGACAGCGACUGAAAGACGUCACUUCAACAAAGGUAUUGCUGCCUACAAGAAGGACUUCCUCAUGGUGCAGAAACAGGUGACCACGAAGACUGUGGCGCAGUGUGUGGAGUUUUACUAUACCUACAAGAAACACGUCAAGAUCGGCCGCAGUGGGACACCGAUCUAUGGCAAGGCAGAUCUUUUUGAGAGCAGACGACUGACGAGGAUGACCACAAGGAUAAGGUUGUGUGAAAGAUGUGCCGUGGUAAACUCUCAAGAGUUCACCUUCACUUUAAAUGAUGAGGCAAAGUGCCCUGUUAAUGAGUUGCCUCAGAACUCUCAGAGAUUAGAGCCACAGAGGGAGGAGGACGGCAGCAAGUGGGAAGGGUCAGCUGACAGGAAAACAGGAUGUCUGCCCACCAGAGCGGCGGUGCCGCCGCCGCUGGAGUCCACUGACAAUCCCGGGACCGUCCUGAUCAUGAAAGCCCAGGAGGACGCGGGGAAGGACCAGCCCACGUCUCGGGUCAUCCAACCCCCUCAGCUACCCCCUCCCACCUCUAAACCGCACUACGGCGGCAACGCACACAAGCCCAGUCCGCCGGCAGGCAACAAAGGUGGAACUAACCAGGAGGGAGCGUUCCCUUGCAAAAAAUGUGGCAGGGUUUUCUACAAGGUGAAGAGUCGGAGCGCUCACAUGAAGAGUCACGCCGAGCAGGAGAAGAAAGCUGCAGCGCAACGCCAGAAGGAGGCAGAGGAGCGUGCAGCGGCAAAGGCAGCCGCGAGGCUGCUGCCGAGGCCGCCGCCAAGGCCGCCGCCGUCCUGGCUGCACGGCAGCAUAACGGGAUGCGGCAGGUUUGAAGGGGACAGCACCAAUGAUAACUCGUCAGAUGGGGACAUUGAGGAUGAUGAAGACUGGGAAGGCACCAAACUGCUGGGCAAUAGUCCAGGAUCAGACAGCUGGACAGCGACUGAAAGACGUCACUUCAACAAAGGUAUUGCUGCCUACAAGAAGGACUUCCUCAUGGUGCAGAAACAGGUGACCACGAAGACUGUGGCGCAGUGUGUGGAGUUUUACUAUACCUACAAGAAACACGUCAAGAUCGGCCGCAGUGGGACACCGAUCUAUGGCAAGGCAGAUCUUUUUGAGAGCAGGACGACUGACGAGGAUGACCACAAGGAUAAGCAGAACUCUCAGAGAUUAGAGCCACAGAGGGAGGAGGACGGCAGCAAGUGGGAAGGGUCAGCUGACAGGAAACAGGAUGUCUGCCCCACCAGAGCGGCGGUGCCGCCGCCGCUGGAGUCAACUGACAAUCCCGGGACCGUCCUGAUCAUGAAAGCCCAGGAGGACGCGGGGAAGGACCAGCCCACGUCUCGGGUCAUCCAACCCCCUCAGCUACCCCCUCCCACCUCUAAACCGCACUACGGCGGCAACGCACACAAGCCCAGUCCGCCGGCAGGCAACAAAGGUGGAACUAACCAGGAGGGAGCGUUCCCUUGCAAAAAAUGUGGCAGGGUUUUCUACAAGGUGAAGAGUCGGAGCGCUCACAUGAAGAGUCACGCCGAGCAGGAGAAGAAAGCUGCAGCGCAACGCCAGAAGGAGGCAGAGGAGCGUGCAGCGGCAAAGGCAGCCGCCGAGGCUGCUGCCGAGGCCGCCGCCAAGGCCGCCGCCGUCCUGGCUGCACGGCAGCAUAACGGGAUGCGGCAGGUUGAAGGGGACAGCACCAAUGAUAACUCGUCAGAUGGGGACAUUGAGGAUGAUGAAGACUGGGAGUAAGAUGAAGAUCUGGCUAAUUGUCUCCACACGGUGGCGCUCCCUGGCUCAGCGGGGGGGAACCUUCGAAACUUUCUGUAUAUUUUGUGGAACUUUUUCAGGGGCAAAGUCACUCCCAUGUAAGUGCUGGAGUGUGUGCGCGUGCACUGCCCAAAAAGUAACCAGUACCCCUUUACUCUGCUUGAAAAGCUUUCCCACUUACCUCUCUUGGUCACAGGGCUCGGUAAUGUCAAAGCCAUGCCGCUUCCCUGUGCACGGUCUGUGCCAGGCCUUCCUCAGCACUUUUUUUUUUGUUUGUUUGUUUUGGAUGUCACUUUUUCAAAUGGCAGGCUCGGAAUGCUUUGGACCUACGGCGGCAUUCCGACUGUCCAGCGUCAGGUGAGGUUUUAUGGAAGUACACGGCGCGGUGUUGAAAUGUGACAGCUGGGGAAGUGUGGCGAGGCAAACAAGUCCCCCCGGUGUUUGGUUUCUCCUCCACACGGGUAGAUCACACAACAGACGGACAGUUGGGUGGCAUGUGCAGAAUGUUGCCUCUGUUUCACUGUGUUCCUCCGCUGCCGGCUGCCA